UCAUCUCACCCUGAGACAGCGCACACGGAGCAAUGAUGGCGGCGUUCAGUGUGGCUCGUAGCAGCUGCGGCUUGUUGGCCGGUUUGAGGUUGACGUCGUUCAGGAGUUUGGCGCCGGUGAAAUAUGCCGCAGUCGCCGCUGCUGCGGUGCCGCAGACGAACCUGGUCCGGGACUGCCGUCGGUACUCUGUGGGCCACCUGUCCGUUAAGGAGAGGAUUGACAAGAAACGGAAGGCGGCGCUGGUCGGGGGAGGUCAGCACAGGAUAGAUGCUCAACACAAACGGGGUAAGCUGACAGCCAGGGAGCGAGUGGAGCUUCUGCUGGACCCGGACUCCUUUGUGGAGUCGGACAUGUUCGUGGAGCAUCGCUGCUCCGACUUCGGCAUGGAGCAGGAUAGGAACAAGUUUCCGGGUGACAGUGUUGUGACAGGUCGAGGCCGGAUCAACGGCAGGCUGGUUUAUGUGUUCAGUCAGGACUUCACAGUGUUUGGUGGCAGCCUGUCUGGAGCUCAUGCACAGAAGAUCUGUAAGAUUAUGGACCAGGCCAUGACAGUCGGAGCCCCGGUCAUCGGGUUGAAUGACUCCGGAGGAGCUCGGAUCCAGGAGGGAGUGGAAUCUCUGGCUGGAUAUGCAGAUAUAUUCCUGAGGAACGUGCUGGCUUCAGGAGUCGUCCCUCAGAUCUCCCUCAUCAUGGGUCCCUGUGCAGGAGGAGCUGUCUACUCCCCCGCGCUGACAGAUUUCACCUUCAUGGUUAAGGACACAUCAUACCUGUUCAUCACAGGACCUGAUGUCGUGAAGUCUGUCACCAACGAAGACGUGACCCAAGAGGAGCUCGGAGGAGCCAAAACUCACACCACCGUAUCUGGAGUGGCUCACCACGCGUUUGAGAACGACAUCGAAGCCUUGCUCAACAUGCGAGAGUUCUUCAACUUCCUGCCGCUAAGCAACCAGGAUCCCUCCCCCAUCAGGGAGUGCCACGACCCCAGCGAUCGUCUGGUGCCGUCAUUGGACGGCAUCGUCCCGUUUGAGACGACUAAAGCCUACGACAUGCUGGAUAUCAUUCACACGAUCGUGGAUGAGAGGGACUUCUUUGAGAUCAUGCCCAACUACGCCAAAAACAUCGUGGUGGGAUUCGCCCGCAUGAACGGACGCACUGUAGGCAUCGUGGGUAAUCAGCCCAAAGUAGCUUCGGGUUGCUUGGACAUUAACUCCUCGGUGAAGGGAGCUCGUUUCGUACGCUUCUGCGACGCGUUCAAUAUUCCCAUCAUCACAUUUGUGGACGUGCCAGGCUUCCUGCCAGGUACCGCUCAGGAGUACGGAGGCAUCAUCCGACACGGAGCCAAGCUGCUGUACGCCUUCGCAGAGGCCACCGUGCCCAAAAUAACCGUCAUCACCAGAAAGGCUUACGGUGGAGCCUACGACGUGAUGAGCUCCAAACACUUGAGAGGAGACGUGAACUACGCCUGGCCCUCAGCUGAGGUUGCUGUCAUGGGUGCCAAGGGUGCCGUGCAGAUUAUCUUCAGAGGAAAGGAGAACCAGGCCGAGGCCGAGGCCGAAUACGUGGAGAAGUUCGCCAACCCCUUCCCAGCUGCCGUCAGAGGUUUCGUGGACGACAUCAUCGAGCCGUCGACCACUCGCAAGAAGAUCUGCAGAGACCUGGAGGUGCUGGCCAGCAAGAAGCAGGUCAACCCCUGGAAGAAACACGCCAACAUUCCUCUGUGAAACACGUUAACACUAUCUCUCAAGGCGCUCGCACAUCGAAACGAACCACAGUGAUACCCUGUGACGACGACUCGCCGUCAUUUUUACCACUCCACUGAAAGCCGCACACACUGCUACUUACUUUGUAGGUGCUUAACAGCAGCCCGACACUUCCUUCCAGCUCACUGCUUAUGUUUCCAACUCUGUGUUGAAACAUUAAACCUUGAGCUGUGGAAGAGAUUUGGGGUGCACCUACCACUGAUAAUGCAAUCCUAACACAUUUUUACAGUACCUGAACAGUAUACUACCCCGGUCACACACAUUCAAGGUAAAUUCUCAUGUCUUUAGUGACCAUAUUGGUCAUUGUUUUUUGGUAUAUUUUGACAUUUUAAAAACAAGAUUGUGUCUGAAAGGGCAACUGAACAAAGACAAACAGUCAACGUGAUGAGUUUUAGUGCAGAAAUCCAAAUAUACUGUAGUCUGUUGUGUUUCCAGAGUUGUACUGUAUUUAGCGCUCAUGGUUUCCGGUGUGUACAGCAGUUUGCUCUUUCAGAUGCACUCCCUGUGUGUGACGUUGUCCUCCGUUAAGGUCAAGAAAAAUUCAUCGUUACACCUUGAAACUGUGCCUUCUCUCUCUCUCUCUCGGGCAGGUUCUGCUAUUUGUAAAAAUAAACCAUGGACUUAAUACCGUG